AUGGCAAGCCGGCGACCCUCCGUCCUUGACUCCCCCGUGCCCGGGACCCUGCUCGGCCGACGGGGCUCGGUGUUGGACUCGCCUAUAUCGAGGAGGCAGUCGGGGACGUCAUCCCGCCGCCCCUCGAUCGAUCCGUCGAGGCUGUUGCCCAUGGACAAAGCGUCUGCUAUUGCAGGUACUAAUGACUUCAAUGUGCUCUUCAUCGGCGCAGGCAACAUUAUGUUCGGCUCGGACGAAGGCCCUUGGAACCACUCCUUCCGCUUCGAACACAAACUCGGACCGCGCCUCAAGGUCGUCGCGCUGAUCGAUCCGGCGAUCGACCGUGCGACGGCAGUGCUGCAGAAGAAGUGCGAGACGUUCGUGCGCUCCGCGUACGAGAACACCCGCGUCUUCCGCACGCUCGAGGACUUUGUGAAGAACAUGUCGCGCAAGGACGUGCCACGCGCGGUCAUCGUCGGCUCCCCGCCCAUGUUCCGCGGGACGGUGCAGACCGGGCGCGACAUCGAGCUCCAGAUCCUCAAGUUCUUCCCCGGGGUCGCGAUGUUCAUCGAGAAGCCCGCCGCGACCGGCCCGUCCAGCGAAAUCGAGGAGGCGUUCACGAUUGCAAAGCGCAUCUCCGACAGCGGCACGCUCUGCUCCGUCGGGUACAUGCUGCGCUACCUGAGGGCCGUGCAGAUGAUGAAGCAGAUCAUUAACGACAACAACCUCACGGUCAUGGCCACCGUUGCGCGCUAUGCGUGCGCGUACGAGGCUAUCGCCAAGCCAGACUGGUGGGACAAGUCCAAGAGCGCUGGCCCCGUCAUCGAGCAGGGCACGCACUUCUGCGACCUGUCGCGCUACUUUGGGGGCGACGUCGACAUGACCACCGUCUCCGCGCACUCGCUCGAUUGGGACGAGAAUGCGGGACAUCUCUCCAAGAUUGUCAUUGACGAGACUGCCAUCCCGCCGGAGAACAGGAUCCCCCGUGUCACCGCCGCUACAUGGAAAUAUGAGAGCGGUGCUGUCGGCAGCUUCACGCACCUGGUGGCGCUCCAAGGCCACGACUACAGCUGCGAGCUGGAGGUCUACGCUGACGGUUACCAGCUGAAGCUCGUCAACCCCUACGUCCAGCCCGUGCUCUUCAUUCGUAGACCCGGCAACGAUCACGAGGAGUCCCACAGAUUCCCGGAUGACGACCCGUUCUUCUCUGAAAUAUCCGUGCUCAUCGACAACAUCGAGGAUAUUGAGGAGGACCCGGAAACCGCGCAGAUUCUUAGCACGUUUGAGGAUGCAUGCAAGACGUACCAACUCACCUGGGCCAUUCGUGAGGCUUCGGAGCGCAACCGGGCCCGGUCCCUUGAGCUAAAGAAAGAGGCGGGAGCCGCGAUCUCCGAGUGA